UGUUCGACGAACGUCCACCAGUUGUUUGUUAGAAAGAAAUUUCACACUCAUUUGGGUCAAAAAACGUACGGUGAAACUACUAGAUAACGAAAAAAAGAAGCCAGUUCUGCCUCAGAUGGUUGAAAUAUGGAGGCAGGACGCUCCUGGGAAAGCCAGAAAGUUGCCAUAGUUGGCAUAGGCUGUCGCUAUGGCAAGGGUGUGGACAAUGUCAAGAAGUUCUGGGAGAUGUUAGUGAAGGGGCUGGACUGCACAACGCCCAUACCGCCAGAUCGUUUUGACGCUAGCUACUUCCUGAGUCCUGGGGAAAAGAUGGCCGGCAAGAUGUAUAUCCAAAAUGGCGGUUACAUCUCUCAAGAUCCGUACAUGUUCGACAGGCAGUUCUUCCACAUGCCACCUGACGAAGCGAGUCAUCUUGAUCCACAAGUUAGACUGCUUCUUGAAGUCACCUGGGAGGCUCUCGAGAAUGCCGGGAUACCAGCUUCCUCUCUUCGGGGCUCUAACACUGGUGUCUACAUGGGCGUAACAGCACAAGAGUACUUAUCACUCACCUGUAAGCCGUAUCACAACAUAAAUCAGUACUCUAACUCUGGCACCAACUCAUGCAUGGUAUCCAAUCGUAUCUCCUACGAGUUUGACCUCCGUGGGCCCAGUUUCUCAGUGGACACAGCUUGUUCUUCAUCCCUCUAUUCAAUCUAUUUGGCGUGUGAGGCGCUGAAACAGAAAUCCUGUUCAAUGGCUCUUGCUGGCGGGGUCAACUUAAUUCUUACGCCUGUCACCACUGUUGGGUUUUGUCAGGCUGGAAUGUUGUCUGCAGACGGAAAAUGCAAAAGUUUUGACCAGGCAGCUGAUGGAUAUUCCCGAAGCGAAGGUGCUGGAGUUUUGGUUCUGAAACCUCUUCCUGUGGCUCAGAGAGAUGGCGAUCGUAUUUACGCUAUCUUGCGAGGAGGUGCACUGAGCAACGAUGGCCGAACACCGGGCAUUGCAAACCCAAGUUUUGAUGCACAGGUUGAUUUGGUGAACCGCGCCUGUCGCAACGCAAGGGUAGAUCCCCUUCAGAUUGUCUAUGCAGAGGCUCAUGGUACAGGAACACGUGUCGGCGACACUACAGAAGCUGGGGCUUUGGGUGAAGCUUUGGGACAAAGGAGAGGGCCUGAACAUCCUCCACUCUACAUUGGGUCUGUCAAAUCUAAUGUGGGCCACUCUGAGGGCGCGGCAGGAGUGGCUGGCAUUAUCAAGACUGCUCUGUGCCUGUACCAACGAAAGAUUCCACCCGUCGUGCACUUCAAAACACCAAGUAAGAAUGUUGACUUCAAAGCACUUAAAAUCAACGUUCCUUCUGCGCUGAUACCUUGGCCGGAUAAAGAAGGCCGGCUUCUAUCCUGUUGUAGUUCCUUUGGCUUCGGAGGAGCGAAUGCUAACCUUGUUCUCGAGGGGUGUUUCAGUUACCACGUGAACGGUCAUUUUCAAAUGAAAGGCCCACGCUUGAGUUGUCUCCUUCUUUCCGCAACCAGCUCUGAUGCCCUCCGACAGAAAGUCAAAGACUGGCUCAACUUUCUUUCGGAAGAUCAACAAGUGACAGACACCACUUUCUACUCGUGCUUAUAUACGGCUGCCUGCCGUUAUCAGCACCACACUCAUCGAUUAGGAUUUGCAGUCGACUCUAAGCAAGAUGCAAUCCAUCAACUUCGAAUGAAACUCUCCGAAGAAACCCAGCUGGCGUCGUCUCAAUCUACUGAAGGUGUGGCUCCGUCAGCCCCUGGCGCAGAACAGCAAAUCGUGUUUGUGUUUUCUGGUAUGGGGACUCAGUGGUGGGGCAUGGCGAGAGAGCUGAUGUAUUCACAACCGGCAUUUGCAUCAAAGAUAAAGAUUAUUGACAAGUUACUUCAGAGCUGCGGGGCUAAGUGGUCUCUGGUCAGCAUGCUCUCUGACGAAAAGGACAGUGAUAGAAUACAACAAACUGAAGUCAGCCAGCCCUGCCUGUUUGCGGUUGCAAUAGGUCUUCUAGAUCUUUGGAGGUUGCGUGGUGUGGUUCCGGACGCAGUGGUCGGGCACAGUGUGGGUGAGGUUGCAGCAGCCUACGCAGCAGGUUUCCUCAGCCUGGAGCACGCAGUGAAACUGAUCUACCGCAGAGGAAGGGAACUUCGCAAAACUAGUGGCUCUGGGAAGAUGGUGGCUGUCUUACAACGCGUUGAGGAAGCUCUCCAGUAUGUUAAAGGAAGCAAGCAUGGAAAAAUGCUUGAUGUAGCGGCUAUCAAUAGCCCAGGUCAAAUAGUCUUCUCUGGUGAGAAUACCGCGAUUGAGGGUUUAGCUAACGAAAUGAAAUCAGAUGAUAUUAAAUGCGUAGUGCUUAAGGUAAACAAUGCCUUCCACAGCAAACAGCAAGAAGUGGUAAAGCACACGUUUGUCAAGAAAGUAGGUAAGUUCCUUAAUGUACAAAACUCAGCAGAGAAGAGACGCACGAUUCCAAUGAUGUCCACCGUUACAAAACGGUAUUUGACGUCCGAGGAGGCUCAUUCACCAGACUACUGGUUUCGAAAUGUAAGAUACCAGGUCUCCUUUAUGAACGCCAUUCAGAAUCUAACUAAAGAUGGUUAUCGAGUGUUUGUCGAAAUAGGUCCUCAUCCAUCACUCUUACCAGCAAUUCGAGACACUUUAGAUGACAUUCAGACUCCAGAUAAAAAAUUCAUCAUGACUAAAUCUCUACUAAGGCCAAGAGACACCAGCAUGGUAGCCAAAGAUUCCGAGAAUCUGCUCUUGUCACAGAUACAGCUUCAUGUAAAUGGUAUACCCACGAAGUUUCACAGUCUGUUCGAUUCCACUGUUCGUCGAGUUAUGUCGAUUCCACAUUACCCGUGGCAGCGAGAAAAAUGCCUUGACCUUUCUCAUUCAGCGAGGGAAGAGAUUCUCUUUCCUGUUUCGGUGGGUCAACACAUGCUUCUUGGAAGACAGUUGGAAAGCUUCUAUCUGCGAGGAAGUCCGGUGAAGAUUUGGCGCGCUGACCUGGACGCGUCUCGGGUACCCUGGGUGAAAGAUCACGUCCUGCAAGGUGCCGUAGUUGUCCCUGCUGCUGCUUACACUGAGACUGCUCUUGCAGCCGCUCAAUCACUGAAUGGCAAACGCUACCCAGUAGUUCUCAGUGGGCUGAUGUUUGAUCGGUUUAUGUUUGCCCCAAACGCAGAGGGCUGCCUUGAGACAACAGUUGAGGAGAAGGCACCAGAUCAAUUUCUCUUCACACUAAGGAGUCAUAACGUUUUCAGACACACUUGGACCCAGCACUGCCAUCUCAAUAUCAUUCCCCCCUCAGCCAAUCUGAGUAAGUUGAAGACAUCAGGUGACACGAUUGACGUAAAAAGUAUCCUCAAAAGGUGUGAAAUAACCAAUUCAUUUGAGGACUUUUACGCGAAGGCAAAAAGUUCAGGCUUUGAGUUGGGACCUACGUUCAGAGGUGUUCAGAAGAUAUCAAUGUCGGGGGAUUUUAGAGAAUGUCUACUGUAUGCAGAGGCUCCUGUUAGUGUUCAGAGAGAAUUCCAUCAUUACGUGUACCACCCAGCUUUUAUGGAUAGCUUCUUGCAAGCCUUUGCUGUUCUUCUUUUGGUAGCAGCAGAAGCGGCAGAGGGAUUGCUCGGUAAAUCUCCCCAAACCGUCUACAGGGUUCCUAGAAGCAUCAAGACAUUUACCCUCUCUGGACCUGCCUCACCGCUUGUAUAUAUUCACAUGAAGAUCAGCGGAAAUGAUGAGCCCCGUUGCGAUAUUGAUGUGGCAGACGCAAACACAAAGAAAGUAUUUUGCUCAGUUAGGCAACUUGCAUUUGAAACCAUUCAAACUGACAGAGUGGAGCCUCAGGUUUGGAGCGUAGCUUGGAAAAAUGUUGGGUCUCUAGCAAUUACAAAUGAGCCAGCUGAACUCCGAACAGCCAAGAGGAAGAUAAUUAUCUUCCCAGAUGACACAGACAUUAGUUCGUCCUUAAUCGGGUCCUUGAUGAAAGAAGAGGUCUUUGAUGUAACUGUAGUAGAUGCAAAAAAACCUGAAGCUUUGCAACUAGCCACUAAUGUUGUCGCUGCCAAUCAAGAUACUGAUGCACUCCUCAUCAUGAUGAAAACGGAAGCGUCUGAAAUUGAUUUGGAUUCUGGAUCAAUCAUGUCGAGAAGUGAGUUUGAGGAAUGCGAAGAAGGUACUCUGUUUUGCUAUUACGUCCACCAAGCCUUGCAAAAGGAGAGGUUGAAGGUCAAGUUUCUACUCUUCACAAAGGGCGCGCUUUGUGCAAAAGACAAGGACAAUGUCAAUCCAUUCGCAGAGAUAUUAAAUUCUGUUUCCGUGACUGUACUGCACGAGGAACCUUUGAAUCGAAUGUUUUCCUUUGACUUGCCGGUGACCAACAGCAGCACAGAGUGCGCCCAGCUUGCAAAGGAAGUUAUUUACAAUGAGGAUUUUUACACAAGAGCUGAAGAUGUAAUCGCUAUACGAAGCGCAAUGACCACAAACAACCACAACGAUACCACAUGGCACCUCUUUUCACCUCGCCUGUUAAAGAAAAAUCUCUCUAAAGUUUCUGGAGUUGUGCCAGCAAGAUUCUGGUCAGUUAGCCAACAGAUUUUAUCUGAUCGCACUCGUAUGUUCAUCCAAAAAGCUCAUCCAAAGGAGUGUAAUCAGAGUGACUUGAAGCAUACUUUGGUGAAAGUCGACGCUUUCAGCGUUUACAAGGAGCACAAAGAAAACCCAUCUCCUUCACAAAAUGAGGGCGGGCAGUCGGGAUCGUGCAUAUUUGUCUACGCUGGUAAUGUCAACGGAUCAGUUUCCAAAGAUGUUCCUGGUUUAUACUUAGGACUUACUUCUUCUUAUGAAAUUCAGGCCGUCAUGACAUCUCCCUCAAAAGGUUUAACAGAAGUGCCUUCCCAUCUCACGGCGAGCGAGGCAGUCAGUAUCGUCAACGAUUACCUUCCAACGGCCAUCUUCUUCAAGCAGAGUGUACCAAUAUCUGCAGGGAUGUGUAUCAGUUUCAGAGUUGAUUCUCUUGACACUUGUAGUCUUGCAACUAUGCACCUAUCAACUAAAAUGGGAGCUAAAGUAUUCCUGUUGAAAGAUGGUCUUGAUGAUCGUGAUUUAUCUCAUACGGGGAUAUCUGUCAAGUUCCUGAAUGAGUUGGUUGAUGCAUCCGUUGACGUGUUAUUUCUGUCUCUGACAGAAUCCUCCUUGGAUCAUGCACUGCAUUCGCUAAAACCAAAGUUGAGAAGAAACGCUACCGUUGUGAUAAUGCAGAGACAAGGAUACAAAGGAAGACUUUCUGUGCUCCCUUCAAAGGUGAAGGUUGUUACGUUCGAUACUGAUCUCCCAUCAGCAGUAGAUGGAUUAUCCAGUGCUGAGAUUUCAAAUACUUUGUCAGAACUCUGGAAAAUGUUUCACUCCGGACUUAAGGAUGGUCAUCCGAUAUGUGAAACGCACAACCUUAAGAAACUGUCUUCUCUGGCAGCAAAGAAUGUGGACAUUCCUACAAACGAAGUUAUCGAUGUUCAAUCGACCGAGAUACUGAUACCACCUUCUCUAGAGAAUGACUGCUUUGUUGCUGAUGGACAAUCGUCUUACUUCAUUACAGGAGGAACAAGAGGAUUUGGUCUCCGCCUUUUAGAGUGGUUGAUAUCAAGAGGAGCUCGAUACAUAUAUACUGGUUCAAGAGGGGAAAUGAAUAACGACUUGAAAGAGGUCAUUCAGAAUGGAAUGAAAGUCGGUGCGCAAAUCCAGCACAUUCAGAUGGAUAUUUCCAAUGCCUGUCAUGUUGAAAGAGCUCUGCAAAACAUGAAGGAUGGGCGUUGGCCUGCUCUGAAAGGCAUAUUCCAUUGUGCCGCCGUCUUCCAGGACGGCUUCCUCCAAAAUAUCACUGCAGAGUCUUGGAAUAGAGUCAUGGCUCCAAAGGCCUAUGGAGCACUUCUGCUACACCAGCUGACUCAAAAGCUUGAUAUCAAACUCGAUCAUUUCAUCAUGACUUCUUCUAUUGUAUCUCUCAUUGGCAAUGCGGGACAAGGCAGUUACUGUGCUGCCAAUGUCUUCCUGAAUGCUCUCGCUCAUUAUCGUCACAGUCACCAUUUACCUGCCACUUCGGUACAGAUAGGUGUGAUUAAUGAUGUUGGAUUUGCAGUUAGAAGCCAUCUGGUUCAAAUGUGGGAGAAGAUGGGAGCGGGAAGUAUGAGCCCAAACGAGGUUCUGGCUGCUAUUGGCUGUGCCUUGUCGGUUCGUCAACCGCAGUUUGGCAUUUCAGGUUUCUUUAAUCUGAAACUUUGGGCAGAUAAGCACCCUGGCCUCAUGACUCAGCACUUCAGAGAACAACAUGGAACCGUAUCCAUAAUUAAAGAAUUGUUUCAUGACAGAGACCCAUACCUUUCUGCCAAUAGCAACAACUUUCUUCAGUCAAUUGCGAAACUUCCAUUCCAGAAAGCGAAGGACAUGGUAGUCAAAACUUUGUCCACACUUCUCAGUCAGCACCUUGGGUUAUCUGACGAGAUUCCUCACGACGCGUCUCCCAUUUCUCUUGGCUUAGAUUCUCUCAUGGCUGCUGAAGUCAGUCAGAUAAUAAGUCAGCAGUUUGAGGUCACUAUUGGGGGCUUGGAUCUCCUCAACGACAAGAACACCAUUCAGGAACUUUCAACAAACAUCACGAGACAAAUUCUUGGGAAGGCUAAUUCUCAAAAACCUGAUGGUUUGGAGGGCGAGGAAUCAAAACGAAAAAACUUUGUAGUUGAAGGUGAAGUGCCAAAUUCGUUGGCAGUAAAGCUUGUCUGCUUUCCUUCAAACGGCGCUGGACCUUCACUGUUUACGCACUGGAUACAGCUGUUGCUACCAUUUGGCAUCCAAAUUUUGAUGGUUCAGCUGCCGGGAUGGGAAGGGCGUGAUGACGAAAAGCCACUCACCAACUUGAAAGAUAUCGUACGCCUUGUUCACAACGAGCUCAAACCACAUCUGUCAGACGGGCCCUUCGUUCUUUUCGGCCACAGCAUGGGGAGCCUUAUUGCAUUUGAGGUUGCUCAUCUCUUUCUGAGCGAAGAUAACAUCAGCCCCCAUCAUUUCUUCGUUAGUGCAUGGUAUGCUCCGACAUUACCCUAUCCUCAUCCAGAGGAACUCAACAUCUCGCCCGAAACCUUUGACAAAUUGAGGAAGACGCUUAAUGACUACCCCAAGCUUUUUGCGAAUGUGGUGAAAAUAACGAAUGUGAAGUUCAGUUUCAUGGAUGACAAGGCCGUCUCUAACACUGCUUUAAUGCGACGCUUGUUACCCUGCUUAGAGGCGUCAAUGGAAAUGGUUAAGGCCUACAACGGAAACCAUAAGAAUCCACUGCAAUGCAACAUCACAGCUCUCGCGGGGAGGCAGGACGAUUUUGCUCAACCAGAUCUACUGGAUGGCUGGGGGCAACAGAAAUCGAGGAAGCACACGUUUAAGAAGAUGACCUUCCCUGGCAAACACAUGUACAUUCUGACUAACACUACCGAAAUUGUCAAGGAAAUUUGUGUUACCUGCAAGAAGGUGCCUGCUAAGUGAACGAUGGUGGUGGAAGCAAAGGGAGUUUUUAAAGAAUGUAUUACACUGAUUCUCGACAUGCUUCCCAACUGUGUAUUUGUAAUUUGCAACUAAUAGUUGGAGUUGGGACUUUUUACGAAUAUCAUAUACGUGUUAAGCCUGGUUCCAUAUUGACUUAGAGAGACGCAAAAAAAACAUUUUGUAACAGUCCCCGACGACAAGCAAUCACAGACGCAAAUACGGACGUAGCAAGUCGGCAACUUGUCGGCUGUCUGCGGCAAGUUGUCAGAGUACGCCCUUGGUGAUUCGCACGAUAGCAUAAAAGUCGUUUGCCGAUGUCCCUCUUGGCUGUGUACAUGUAUCUAGUCCACUUUCAUAACAGACAUGGGACAUCGAUUGUUGGCAAAAUUGCUCUCCACAACUAAAUACAUGCACAUCGAAAAUACCACUGUAUCCUCAAGAAUUUUUUUUGUUUUGAAUGCCAUUUUAUUUGUGUUAUUUUCGUCUUGUUUCUCACCGGUGUUCCACACGUUUUGGGCCUCAAAGUGCGUCUUGACAUUUUGCACACUGUUGGCGACCGGUGCAACCACAAACAAACUAGACUUUAAGACAAACCUAGAAGGUUACUGCUCUUUGGUUGCUACAAAUCGGUUUGGGUGGCUCUUUCUUAAUGUUAACGAACUAGUGCAACUUAUAUAUUCUGAUCAUUGUGUAAUGAGUUUGUGAACCCAUCCUCAAAAAUCAUAUAAAUACCUUUGUUUUGAUGACAAAAAAAUGAAAAUUUAACUAAAGGCUAUAAGAUGUCAGCCAGACGGCAUCAGCACUUAAUGCAGCGUCAGUGUUUAUAAUGCUUGUAGUUUAGUAUUCUUAAAUGCUAGGAAAUUUAAAAUACAGUUAAUUUAAGCUUACACGUAACGCCAAAAUUAUUACUUGAGCAGUUAUUAAUUUCACGGUAGAUUUGUGGUCUCAAAUGAGAUAUGCUACUAUUAACAGUGAAAAUAUAACUAAUUAAAUUAGCAAAUGACUGUUAUCUUAGAAUGUGUUCAGCGAAAUAUGAAGUCUUUCAAUGUAAUGAAGAACUAUGGCCAUAAGAAGUUACGUUUUCAAGAAAUCCUUAAGACUGAAAGCAUCCUCUAUUUGGUAACUCCACUUAAGCAUGACUAUUUUAUUUGUUUGUCUAUUUUUAUUUAUUUUUUGUUUUUAAUAAAUCUCAGACGUGGAUCCGGUUCAGUUGGUGGUAAAUCCGCUCCCGCAGUUGAUUACCAAUAUUUCCUUUAUUUUAAUUUGAAUAUUGUUUUUAUUUAUUUUUAGUGACGAACGUCUACAGGUUGGAAGACAAAAGGCACCAACCAUGCAGGGGUUUUAUUUUGCGUGUACAGUUAUAAUUAUAAAGGAGAUUAAAUGACUUCGCCAAUGGCCACAAAUGCACGUAGUAACCCCCUCCUCCCCCAAAAAAAUAAAAAUAAAAGUUGAAAAACCCCUUAGCAAAAGAUUGUAGAUCCGUCUCGCUAUCUCGAAGCAAAACAAUAAGCAUUUGCAUUUCUUUUUACUCAAGAUUUUUUUUUUAUAAUUUCUUAAGUCAGAAGGGAAAAUUGAUUGCCAAAACUAUAUGCCAAUCCAUAAAGCUUAUUUACAAUUUGGUAAUGUAUAUGGAAGGUUGGAACAAAUUAUCAAAUAGAAUAUGCUUUGCUGUACCUUUCUUUAAAACACAUGUGUAUCGUAACAGGUUAUUGUUUUUUACUGAUUAACAGUUAACUAAAUUUUAUUCAUAAUUAUUUACUACUGUGGCCAGCAACAACUUUACAGAAGGUCUGUUUUUAGGAAGACCGCUGCCAGUACAGCAGAGGCAUUUUUACGCCUUUUUUACCCGAAAGACUAAAAUAUCGAGGAAUCUGUAUUUCAAGUCACAAUUUGCAACAGACAUCUAAUUUUCACAGUGACAGCUGAACGCGCAAAAAUUAAUUAUUUCACAUUCAAAUGAAUAUUUCAAUACUUGCGCCGUCUGUAGAUGGAUAAAAUUAGUAUAAACACCGAUCCGAGACCACAGACAUAUGUUUUAGAAAUUAGCAGGUGUACACACAUAAAAUGCAUGCAGCGUGGAUUUUACACGGUCAUGACUUAUCCUGUGUGGUGUGGUAUUAGCCAACAAAACUUGAAUCACAUGAAGUAUCCCUUAUUUGAAAACGAAGUACAUAUUGGCUUUUGUGUUGUUCUCGAUACACAAAUUUUUACUCAUACUUUUUUUAGUCGCUUUUGAUUAUGAUUAUAUUUGAGAAUAAAUAUUGAAUUCCCCGAACGGACAGAAUGAGCACUGCUAGGGAAGAAGAUUGUAACAAUUACUUGUAUCACGCAAACACAAUAAGUUAUAGUAGACAUUAGUUUGAAUACAAUAGAGCCAAUGCCAGAUGUUUCUAAGCUAUGUGUGGCACCAAAAUUAAACAGAAAGCCAGCUAAUUUCUAGUGCAUCUACUUAAAGUUAGGAACAAAGUAGAAUAAUAUCCUCAAAAAAGGGAUUUUUAGUUCUUAUUUGAGAGUUCUGUUAUAUUAAAUUGACUGGAUUACGAAUCCCUAAAAUACUGUGGUUAGUGAUUGAUUAUUGCAUCGUACAUCUAAUCAAUACUAUUUAAUUAAAUGCUACGCAAAUACGCACUCCAUACCCACCACUCCUUAUCCUUUGUCCAUAUCCGUUGUCCGUCCUCCCUCGUCCUCUUUUCUUUCCUUGUCCAUGGAGGUACUACAACGAAAAUCUUUACACUUGACACAAAGGUCUUGUGGCAUAUAAAAGACAGUUUUCGUUUUUACUUUUGAGAUUUACUUGCCACACCUGCAUGAGAGCGGAUGGGGGCAUGGUGUUAUAACGCGAUGUUAUGUUUGUGAGUUUUCAAAAUAAUGAUACCAUCAUCGCGGAAGUUGUUAAUAGGAACAAUUUCGAGAUCAUCAUUUUCCUCUUGAUCUGAUUUCGUUGUUUAGUUUACUUAUGCUUCAAAGAUAUUCACUUAAGUAAUAGUCCACUUCUCCUGUCUGGAUUUCAACUGAUACUACUAAUAAAAUUAAUGUCACCCUUGGGGAUUUCAGUUGGUGAGAGACAGUCAUGUUAAAUCCCAGAACUAGCUCCUGUAAAGGGGUAUCUGUGUUUGCUGGAGUCCAACCAGAAUCUUUCCAGGAUAGCAGUAAUCCAAAAUUUAGCUAUGCUAAAGGAAAAGGGGCCCUGCGAGAAUAUAGCGUUCCUCCAUACGUUCGCAUUCAAUCAACAGUCUGUGCCUCGCUGGGGCACGGCUGAUGGGUAGGUAGCCAUUCCACUGCAAACAGCAGGUCAUUAACGUAGGGAUUUGCGUAUUAAUUACUCUCGAUGUUGAGCCUGGGAGGGCGCUCUUUCAAACUUGCCUCUUCUCCUUUCUACUGGAAGUGAACGCGGGCUGGCCGAAACAGUUCAGUAAAUUACUCUUUCUUUCACUGUUUUCAGAUAUGAUUACUGAUACAAACGGUAAAUUAUUAGUGUGUUGAAUGGUUAGAGAAUCGGCUGGGAUUGAUGAUUACCAUUAACGUAUGUAACGUGUGUAACGUGCGUGUACAUGCAUGGGUGUACUACGCCCGGUCUGCCACACGUGGGUGAGUGUGUGCCGGCUUAUGGAAAUUUCCAGUGGCCUUUGGGUCGCGUCCAUGUGCGUGCAGCCUGGCUUGGUGAACGCUGAUUUUGGUAGUGCACGCUGCUUUAGCUGUAAUUUUAUUAUCAUUUGCAAAGCAUGAUUGCAGGUUUUAUAUUGAAAUAUGGUAUGUUUUUCCAAGCUUAUGUUAUGUGUACACAGGGUUACCAUUUCAGCCCAGUGCAGUGGGCCACACCACACUUACCUAUAACUGUAAUCCCAUGAGUGUUGGGUGAGUUGAGGUACUAAUUAUGCAAAUGCUAAUGUACUCCAUCGCAUAUUAAUUACACAUGUAUUUUUAUACUUUGCAAAUUCUAUCUAUUUAUUGAACCCUAACUCCCUAGUGUGCAAAAUUAUAUUAAAAUUGGCGGAUUCCGGGCUGUUAGAGUUAAUGUCAAUGUCAUGAAUUGUUUUUCAGGGAUAUGAAAAGAAAUAAA